AUGAGAGUUAUUUCUAUCAUCGUUUUGGUUUUGUGUUUAUCUAGUGAGUAUAUCAUAAAAUGUUCAGAAGACGACUUUGUCGAUCCGUUGGAUAUGCUCAACUACGACAGUCUUCUUUCAAGUAUCAACAUACUGUUAUUAAACACUGGACGAUCUAACAUUGAUCAAGUGUCAAACAAUGGCGAAAACAAAGAGCUGAAGUUGUACACAUCAGUGACCCUCAGUGUUCAAGAUUUAGAGUUGUUGAAAAACAUGGCCAAUAAAAGGGAUGUAGAUUAUACAGAAGUUGAUCGAAUUUUAAACGGCUUAUUUACUCCAGUGGAAAUUAACUCCACUGAAGAAAACGGCCUAGGAAACAGCCAUUUCAAAAUAUACAAUCAGUUUAAGCAAGACUCGCUGUAUUGGAUUUCAGUUGGUUGUAUUUCAAUUGUUUUACUGUAUAUUAUUUUUAAAAAAAUUAAUUAUAUUUGCAGCCUAACAUUUGUUCUUUUUAUUAUUUUUGCACUUGGAUUUGCUUCAACCUGGUACACCAUGUACAUGAAAGCCGAAAUAAAUCGCAGUGUUCAAUUGCAGUACAUGCCUACUGAGUGUCGCGAAAAGACAGGCUGGACUACUUUUUCUUGGUUUCAAUCCAACAAUUUAGAUCAGUGCAAAAGGCAAAAGGAAGCAAUUUUUUUGGAUCCUAAAUAUUCUAUCGCGAUGACUGAUAUAUUUGCUGAAAUGGUUAGUAAAAUGUUGACGAAGCCAAUAGAAGCCUUAGGAGAAUCUAUAUACGUGUUCAAUAAAUCGGUUUUAAAGGAUAUACCAUUUUGGGCACAAAUAGUUUUGAUUCCUAUCGUUAUUGUUGUAAUCAUCCACACAGUAUUAUUAUCGUGCUCAUUGUUAGUUGGUCGAGGUUUAAGCACAAAUUACUUAUUUGGAUAUGGUCGCUCAAAAAUUGGUGCAGAACCAACCAACAAUGGCCAAUAUACGACGAAUAAAAGAAUUAACAACAGUUUUCAUCCAACGACAUCAGCCCAACAUGUGACACCUCAAAUUCCUGCAUUGCCUAAUGUUAAUUUCAAUAUCAAUUUAUGUCAUCCAAGUCCAACUGAAAAUACUCGAUCCUCGCAUUAUGAUGAUAAAUUCAAAAUCAAUUAUACAAAAGAAAGUAAUUUAAUAGCAAUGCUAAAGAAUAAAGAGAUAGACAGUGUUGAUAGUAAAGAUUUCAAAGACCUUAAAAAAAAAGCACCUAGACAUAGAACAUUGUCUAUGUGA